CUGUGACAUUGAUCGAGUAAAAAAUAUACUCUGCAGACCAUUUGGGACGAAGGUACUACACUACUACUUAAAAUCCCCAAAAGAAAUCCUAAAUUAUCAUAACAUCUCCCAUUCCCACAUAAAACGACCCUGUCAACAAUAAUAACGGACGUGAUACUGCUUGGAUGCACGCAGUAGAAAUGGCCACCCCUACUUCGCCGCCCCGAUCCAUAUUCCUCGGUGUCGACGUCGGCACGGGUAGCGCCCGCGCAGGUCUCUUCGAUGAGGAUGGGAAACUUGUUGGUUCUGCUAGCAGCCCCAUACAAAUAUGGAAAAAUGGUGACUUUGUUGAGCAAUCUUCAACUGAUAUUUGGUUAGCAGUCUGCACUGCUGUAAAAGCAGCAUGCACUAUUGCAAAUAUUAAUGGGAAUGAUGUAAAGGGCCUUGGCUUUGCUGCAACUUGCUCAUUGGUUGCUAUUGAUUCUGAUGGCGAACCUGUUACUGUUUCUUUGAGUGGUGAUGCAAGAAGAAAUGUCAUAGUGUGGAUGGACCACAGGGCAUUAAAACAAGCCGAAAGGAUCAACUCCACUAAAUCAUCGGUAUUACAAUAUUGUGGUGGUGCUGUUUCCCCUGAGAUGCAGCCUCCGAAGCUAUUGUGGGUUAAGGAAAACAUGCAAGAGUCUUGGUCAAUGGCAUUUAGGUGGAUGGAUUUGAGUGAUUGGCUUUCAUAUAGAGCAACAGGAGAUGAUACCCGGAGCCUAUGCACUACUGUUUGCAAAUGGACAUAUCUUGGUCAUGCUCAUAUGCAUCAGGUCAAUGAGAAAGACUCUCGCAGUAUGGAAGCUUGUGGAUGGGAUGAUGAAUUCUGGGUGGAGAUUGGCUUAGGCGAUCUUGUUGAUGGGCACCAUGCUAAAAUUGGAAAAAGUGUAGCCUUCCCUGGUCAUGCCUUGGGCUCUGGCCUAACCCUGGCAGCUGCCAAGGAUUUGGGUUUGGUGGCUGGGAUACCUGUAGGCACCUCACUAAUAGAUGCUCAUGCUGGCGGUGUGGGGGUAAUGGAAAGUUUGUCUACAUCUGAUGCUGAACCAAAAGAAGCUGAUGCUGAAUCCAUAUGCCGCCGUAUGGUUCUGGUAUGUGGCACUUCCACUUGCCACUUGGCCGUGUCUCAAACAAAGUUGUUCAUACCAGGGGUCUGGGGUCCUUUCUGGUCAUCAAUGGUCCCUGAGUACUGGCUUACAGAGGGUGGUCAGAGUGCCACUGGUUCAUUGCUGGAUCACGUGAUUGAAAAUCAUGUGGCAUCUCCACAUCUCGCUAACUGUGCUGCAUCUCAAAGAAUUUCGGUGUUUGAAUUGCUGAAUAAGAUAUUAGAAUCUAUGAAAAAUGAUGUGGAAGCCCCAUUUACUGCAGCUUUGACUGAUGAUAUACAUGUCCUCCCAGAUUUCCAUGGGAACAGAUCUCCCUUUGCAGACCCUAACUCAAAAGGAGUAGUUUCUGGUAUGACUCUAGACACUAGUGAAAAGCAGCUGUCUCUUCUCUACCUAGCCUCGUUACAGGGUAUUGCAUACGGUACCCGUCAUAUUGUAGAGCACUGCAAUGCGAAUGGCCAUAAAAUUGACACACUACUUGCAUGUGGUGGCCUUGCUAAGAACUCCUUGUUCAUCCAAGAACAGUCAGAUAUCAUUGGCUACCCCGUAAUCCUUCCGCGCGAAAAUGAGCCAGUGCUCUUGGGAGCUGCAAUCCUUGGUGUUGUUGCUUCGAAGAAAUAUCCCACUAUUCAUGAUGCUAUGAAGGCUUUGAAUGCAGCUGGAAAGGUUGUUUACCCAUCAAAGGACCCAAAAGUGAAGAAAUACCAUGAUGCAAAAUAUCGCAUUUUCAGGCAACUUUAUGAACAGCAGCUUAGCCAACGGUCAAUUAUGGGUGAAGCUUUGACUUAAUUUGCGGUCUGUCAUGCCAUCAGAGACUAUGUUCAGUGUAUCCAAAAUAACAAAAAUUAAUAAAAACAAAAUAAAAAAAUUUAAUGCUCCUUCGUAGAAUCGUAGCUUGCAGAGAAAAUGUACAUCAAUUAUUUCUCACAAAAGAUUCGUUGGUGUCUGUGUGUCACACGAAUGUAUAUUUGAAUGACAAAUUAUACCCUACGACAGUACGACCGACACACCAUGAGAAUGGUGUGCCGGAUCCCAAUACUUACCGUUUCUGCAAUUAAAAUCGUUUCUCUGAUCC